AUAAAUUCUGUCUUGGUCACUCACGGGAGCUAAAGUCACUAUAAGGUCAGUCGAUCAUGGCGAGAUGGAAGCUGAUGCUGCUGCCUUUGGUUGUUUCCCUGUAUGCUAUACUGACGACAGUUGAAAGACAUUUAAAGUGCAAUUUACCUUCAAUUGCUAAUUUGCUGUGUCAAGCUUAUGAAGCAGGAGAAAUCUCUGGACCUUUAUGCCCCGAUCUUUGUGAACAGAAAAAUAUCCAAUUUGGAAAUUGCCUUACAGAGGCGAUGGAAGAUAAAGUUUAUGAAGGCCAAUGGCAUGGAAGAGACGUCAUUUUUAAGGCAAAUCUUCGAUGGUAUACGGACUUCAAUACAUUUCAGGAACAAACAGACGAAGAUGUUGUUCUAAGUUUUCAAGAUAAUGUUUCUUUCCUAGUGGAAACUUUGUUUGGUGAUUGUCCUCAAUGCAACAGGCUUGUGUCGCUGUUUCUAUCCCUUGGUGAUAGCGACAAUGAUGGUAUUGUGACAGCCCCCGAAGUACGGUCGUUGGUACCAUUAUUGCGGCAGCAAGAACCAUUUAUGUUGAUUGCAUUAAAUAACAGCAAACAGACUGCUGAUUUCCAUGGAUAUUGUGGUGGUCUGUAUGCGACUGAAAAGCUGCCUCUCAUUGUCUCAGAUGUUUUGGGUACACAGUGGAAUUUCGAUGAUUUGAACAUUGUGCCCGAUACAUUUGAACCCUUUCAAGAAAUGGUGAAAAAACUUAUUGGAAAGAUUUUCGACGCUGCCAGUUCUAUCCCGUAUUUUUCUAAAAUUGUUGUGAAUAUACCAACUAUUACAUGGAAUGGUAUUUUAGAUGCCUUUUUCGACUUACGGAUGCCCAAUCGAAAAAAACAGUUCGAGUAUUUCCACUCACUGCUAGACUCUGUAAUGGAUCUGUCCAGUAACCCUUAUGGCAUGUUACAGUCUUGUGACAUGCACCUCGGGAAUUUUGGAAUCGCCAAUAAUUCAGUGGUAAAAGUGAUUGAUUUUGACGCGGUCUUUCCUGUUCAUUAUCUUAGACAUGUCUUGGAGCAAAAGGAAUGUGUUUCUAAUGCUGAUUGCUGGUUUGGCACCGAAGAUGAUUGCCAGUCGUCGUGUGACACUGCUACCAAGAAAUGUACGUCAAGAAUGCAGAAACAAGAUUUGAUCCAUAUCUGUGAGACUCACAUUCCCUUUGUUCUUAAAAGGCCCUGUAACCAGGAGUUUUCGAAAAACAACUCCAUCUGUUCUAAGAAAGUUAUAAGAAAAUUCGAGUUGUUUUGCAAAAGGUUGAGAGUGGUUGACUCACUUGAUCAGCUAAGAAACGAUGUUCUAGCGGUGAAAAAGGAACUCACCUAUUUGGAGAAGGAUUUAUCCAAUAUGUGCUGAAGUAAAGGACCCUUCAGUAACACUAAAACUGUUUAGCACACAUCUGCAUCAGCAGUACGUCUUUUUAUACUGUUUCGCUAGAGGACAACUCUGAUAUUUCGAACAGUGAAAAAAAAACCACGGUUUGAUACCGUGAUAAAUCAGAUAAAUCCAAUCUGUUUAACCUGUUUCAGGUUUUUUUUACGACAAUUAACGUUAGCAUCAAUCGCGAAAUAUUCCUUUUGCAGUGAUCUCUUGUUUUCGACUCUAUGCAUAAAUAUUUUCCAUUUUGCUUUGUCUCUCUCUGAUUUUUGCAUUGUCUCUCUCUUAUACUCUUUUAUAUCUGAAAACGCAUCUCUUUUAGUGCGUUUUGUCUAUCGUCCACGAUUCAGGCUAGAAAACGCUGACUCGCGCGACGGAAUUCACAGAAAAGGGAGGGACUUCUUGUAGCCUAGUGUCGAAACGAGAAGGCAGUCGAAUUUCUCUGUGAACAUGACAGUUCGCGUGUUACCGUGAUGGAAACGCGUUAUUUGCCUACGAUGCAUCUAUUAUGUGAAGUUUACUCUUAUACCAAAAAGAUCAUAUCAUCAUCAACUGAUUUUAAUAACGUGAUGAUCCUAAAAUUAUUAAUAAAUGAUGUAAGCAGUUUUAAAAGGAUAUUUAUAGAAGGACAUCGAUAUGGAAAUAUUUUAGUUUUAUUCUAUUUUAUGAAUCGAGAUCUAUAACACUUUAUCCAAUUAAUCAUUGUGUUACAGUUGUAAUUAAGACUGGAGCUGGCCAAUUUAUGGGCAGAGGAAAUUGUCUGUCCGUAUUUGGCUCUUGUCCAUCUUACGGGAUGCGACUUUACCUAUUGUUACCAAUUUUCAUGGUCACAUACUCGUACGUCCAUUUUAAUCUUCCAUCGUCAAAAGCAACAUCGUCAUGAAUAUGUGACGAAAAAAAAUAAAGACGAAAUGUUCGCUUUUGACCUCAAAAAUGUCCGUGCUGCAUGUCGCAUAUGGUCCAAAAUUCAUGAUAUGUGGAAGCCUAAAAAUCAUUCAGCGCUGGUGUGCUAUCUGAAGAGCACUUUCGAUUUCUUAAUCGGAUCUACAAGGCAUGAUUUGGCCCUCUGGCUUUUAAAUUGUCAACUGAGUUUAUAAUGUAAAUUGGCCACUUUAAGAGUUUGUAAGUUGAGUUCGAGGGCUGGCCCUUCGUCAUUAUGAAUGGAAGAAUUAUGGGUUGUGUGUGUGUGUUUACGUGCUUUCUUUGAUAACUAUACUGAGGAUGCUUCAGGGGAAAUUCGGCAAGAAAAGGAAUGUAAAGGAACCCUCAGUUACAACUUAAUUGUGACAACUUUGAAACUAUACAAACGCAUUUUAAUUAAAAGGAUUUCCCACUUAGGAUUGAAUUUUGCGUCACUAAAUUUCACGUCGA